AUGAGUAGUUACUUGAAUUGGAGUUGGCUACCCUCAGUUAAUAAUUCUUUUAUGAGCAAUUAUUACUCCAACAAUAAUGUUAAUAAUAAGAUUAAGUCAAAUUCUGAAAACUCGACUUUCUUUGGUUUUUUUGGAGAUAGAACACCAAAGGUCGAAAAGUACUCACUAGAGAAUUUGAGACAAUUAAGCACAUAUUUAAAGAAUUAUUCAGUUAAUGAAGAUGAAGGUGGAACAGUUGAAACGAUGAAAGAGAUGACACAAAUAUUAAUUUGGGAUUUUCUCUUAUCCAAUAACUAUGUUAAUAGUAUUGUAUGGCAUAAAUUUGAUUUUUCUAACGAAGAGAUUUUAGCAUACUAUAUUUAUUUAUUACGUACAUUAUCCUUCAAACUUGAUACAAACACACUUUAUUUCUUCUUUAAUGAGCAAUCAAGUGAUUUUCCUUUAUACUCUGAAGCCAUCAAAUUCUUUAAUUCUGACGAAAGUAUGAUACGUGUUGCUGUCAGGACUAUAACAUUAAAUAUAUUUGCUGUAAAUGACUCUCAAAUGCAUGAUUUAAUAUUGGAUCCUAAAGCAUCACCCUAUUUUUCAAACUUAGUCAACUUUAUUUCAGAUCAUGCUUUUAUUUUGAACAAAAUAAGUUAUUCACCAAAUUAUGAAAAACAAUAUCAAAAAUUUAAUUAUUAUUUGGCAGAACAUUGUGACAACUUUUAUUAUAUAAAUGAUAUUAUACAUUUGGAAAAUUUUAAAAUGAAUGAAAUCUUAACGGUUCAUUUAAUGGAUCUUUUAUUACAACCAAUCUAUGCUGACAGUUUAAUCAAAAAAGAAUUGUUACCUUACAAUCAGACGUCAAGGGUUAAUCCAGUUGUGGCAUUAGCAUUACUAUGCCAUGUUUUACAUAUAUUUCGAUAUCCGAAAUUAGUUACCGCCUUAAUAGCUAUGCUUUUCUCAAAUAGUCCUAAGAUGAUGGAUUAUCCAUUAUCGCCAGCAAGAAUGACUCCUAAUAAUUUGUUACCAUCUGCUGCAUUCAAAUCAAGAAAUCUUUAUCGUGAAGCCAUUAUGGGUUUCUUGAUACCUGAAGAUUCUGAGGAUUGUGAUUAUUUUGAUAUAAACACUUUACCUGCUCUCUGUUUAUUGUAUAUGUCAUGCAGAAACCAUGCAAUUGCACCUGAUGUAUUAAUUGCCACUGAUGUCUAUCCACAAAAAUUACUAAAAACUCGUCGUCUAUUGAACACAUUGACGUCAAAUUUAGAUGAUUAUAACCUACAAGCAACAGCAUCAUCAUCAUCCAACAAUAUUCCAUUUUCAUUACGUGAUAGAAGAAAAUCAAUGGAUUCUUUGUCAUUAACUUCGUCUGUAACAUCGUUACAUUUAAAACAUAUUACCUCCGACACAGAAGAUGAAUUUCAACAUAUACCUAAUAGUUACAAAUCUCUUCACUCGUUAUUUGUUGAUGAUGAUAAUGUGACACAAUAUGGAUCCACUUCAUCUGUCCCUUCUAUAAAGAUAUCUGGACAAAAUAACAAUCAUUCUGAUAUUUGUAAACAGCAUCGUAACUAUCGAUCAGAAUUGGUUCAUACUAUUCUUACUUUGUUAUGUAAAUAUUACCAUUUAUGUAGAUCAAUCACCUUACAGAUGGCUACGGAGGUUCUGUUGGAGCUUUUAUAUUACAAUGGAUCAGGUGAAUGUCUAACUCCAGAUCAGAUUGAAUUAAUGAAUAAAACUGAAAGAGAUUUACAAGAGAAAUUAAAAAAAUAUUUUUCAGAAUCUUCAGAAUUUCCUUUGGAACAAAUCGAAAAAGCUCUCGAAGAAUCAAUGUAUAUUGUUAAAUGUGUCAAAACUCUUAAUUUAAUUCGACAAUCUCGACUAUUAUUAUCACGACAAACAAUAUCCGAAGAAUUCAAUUUUGAAAAUGAUGAAUUAAAUGAAGAUCAAGAAUUGGUAUAUCAUAAUAUAGCAGAUGAAGAAAAAAUUGCAUUAGCAAAAGAAAUGAGCCUAGCACAAAAUCAAGAACAACAUCAUAAAAUCCCAAAAAAUCUAAAUGAUCUAAUUACAGAAUAUGAUAAAUCUCAAAAAAAUAUAGCAGCAGAUUUAAAUAAUAAUAAUGAUGAUGAUUCUACUAUUUCUUCCAACGUUGAAGAACCAGAAAUAUCUGUUGAGAAAAGAAAGCUAACGGUUUUAGAAAAACUUGGGAUUGAAUUAAACGAAUAA